AUCGCGUCCUCCCGGGAGCGGCCAGGGCUGCGGCGGGGCCCGAGAGGGGCCGAGGACCCGAGGCGGGGGCCGAGGCCCGGGCAGGAGCGGAUCGGGCCGGGGCCAUGGCCAAGGCUCCCCGACAGCCCGAGCCCCGGCCCGUCCGCCCGCAAGCGACAUGAGGGAGGAGGCCGAGGGAGCCGGGGCCGAGCCCGGUGAUUUCGUGCAACUGAAGGUGCCCAUCGUGCAGCAGCUGUACCACUGGGACUGCGGGCUGGCCUGCUCCAGGAUGGUGCUCAGGUACCUGAAGCUCCUGGAGGACGACGCGGCUUUCGAGCAGGCGCUGCAGGAACUGCAGCUCACCCGCAGCAUCUGGACCAUCGACCUGGCCUACCUGAUGCGCCACUUCGGGGCCCGCCACCGCUUCUGCACGCGGACGCUGGGCGUGGACAAGGGCUAUCGGAACCAGUCCUUCUACAGGAGACACUUCGACGCCGAGGAGAGCCGGGUGAACCAGCUGUUCGAGCGAGCCUCGGCCUGCAAGGUGUUGGUGGAGAAGUGCACUGUGACUGUCCAGGACAUCCAAGAGCACCUGGCCCAGGGGCAUGUAGCCAUUGUCCUGGUCAACGCAGUCCUGCUUUUGUGUGAUCUGUGCUCCAGCCCUGUCAAGUACUGCUGCUUCCUGCCCAUGGGUCAGAAGUGCUUUUGCAGAGGGCCUGAGUACCAAGGCCACUUCAUCGUGCUGUGCGGCUACAACAGGGCCUCUGAGAGCAUCUUCUACAACAACCCUGCCUAUGCAGACCGCAUGUGCAGCACGAGUGUGAGCAACUUUGAGGAAGCCAGGACUAGUUACGGCACAGACGAGGACAUCCUGUUCGUCUACACAGACAGCUGACCUCAGGCCCGGCCGAUGCCCGAGCUGCUGCUGCCACACUGUCAGACACGGUGCAGAUGGGAGCCCUAGGGCCCCGGGCUUUGUGCCUAUGCCCACAGCUGACCUCAGUGGUCAGACCACUGCCCCAGCAAUGCUGCUGCUGCCGCCCAUCUGGGGCCACUGACCACCCCCAUCUGUGUGUGCAAGUGGAGCUCCUGGGCCCCUCCUCCACCCUGCUGACAGACCAAGCCGGGCGGCCCACACAGAGAGGAGCAGCCAAUAGCAAGCAGAGGGAACCCUCCCCCCACCCCCUGUGAACUGAGAUCCACAUGAAUUGGGUCCUGGGGAACCCCACCCCCCACCCCCAGAUAAGGCCAUGGGCUUCCUCACAGCCAACCAGCCUGGCACAUUUGCCGUUUCUGGGGCGGGGGGGACCUUCAGCCCAGCUUUUGAUGGGCAGGGGCACACCCGCCAUCCCACUUCGUGCUCCACACAUUGACCAGGAGGAUCACCCACCUGCUAACACCUGGCCAUCAUUUCCUUUGCCUUGUUUUCUUCAGGGAGGAGGCCCUGGGGACCCUCCACCCCAUCGUGCCUGGCCUUGGGCUGCCUCCAGGAGAGGCUCCCCUGCCCCCACCUCAGCACACACACACACUGGAAGGCAGGAGACAGAGGCCAGACAACCACCAGUUCAAACCAACAAAUAGGGCAGGGGAGAAGAGAUUGCGUCUUGGUCAGUCCCUGCUACGUUAGGUCAGAGGCCUAACCUCAAGGCGUCUUCCCUGCUCAAAGCCACGGUUCUGGUCUGAGAUGGGCUCAGCCCCGGCUAGGCAAGUGACUGGAGGAGAUGGAGAGGGAUGCUUGGGUACUCAGGGGCAUCAGGCAGGAAGCCUCGGGCCUGCCCUGUGGCUUUGAGAUCUCCUUGUCAUGGGCCUGGAGGGAGCAGCUGGGUUACUGAUAGAGGCAAGCCCUUACCUGCAGGGAGCCAGGCCCGGCAGUGUUGUGCCUCACUGAAGUGGGACUUCAGUCCCCAACCCAGAGCAAAUUAAGGCCUAACUCUUGUGUGGCUACUUCCAAGGACUCUUCAUGGGAUCUUCUGAUUGGUCCUUGGCCGAUUGGGCUUGCUGGGGUUACAGCAGCCUUCAUUGCCAGGAUGUGACCAAAAAUACUCUGGUGCCUGGAGCUACCUACAAAGCAGCCCGUGUGGAUGCACUGCCUCCCACCUCCCCCCGGUGACACUAGCCACCAGGCUUCUUGUCCCAGAGCCCAAGCCAGCCCAGCAACAGGGAGAUGAGGCCCCGUGGCACUGCCUGGGGACCACCUCAGCCAGGGUUGGUGCUGGUAGUUGGGGUGGCUACAUUCCUCCUUAUAUAGAGAAGUCACAGGAGGAUCCAAGUGUCGGCAGUAGUCAGUCAGUUCUCAGCCCCCAGGAGCAGCUGUGCAGACGGGCUCAGGCACCUCUGUCCUGUCCCAGCAGGUAGCGACCCUCCCCCCCAAAGGGCCUUGUUGAAGGCUUGUUGGUCAGAGUGGGGCUGUUAACUGACUGCUUUUGAACCCAGGCCACUGGUUCGAAAGAAGGUUAGCGCAGGCUGGGCAGGGAAGUGGGGCUGCUGAGGUUCCAGGGUGGGGGUGGGGGUGGGGCCAGGGCUGGAAUGGGAUGGGCCAAGUGCCACAAGCUCAGCGCAGUGUCCUCAUGGCUCAGCUGGAGGCUGGGAAUAUGGCCACCGAGAGAGAAGUGGCAGCCAGUGGACCUGGGAGCCACCAGCCUGCCAACGUGUGCCUUCGUCCUGUCCCAGAGCUGGCUGGGGCUCUGCCUCCCCUGCCUGCAGGCAGCACCCGAGCCAAGGUGGGAGCCUGGCCCGGGGAGUCCAAGGUGAGAAGCUGACACCUAGGGCCAGGAGCUAGCUUGUGGGCAGGUGACCCUGGAGAGCUCUCAGCCACACCGGAAACCUGCACUGCCCGCUUUGCUGCAGGGUGGGCUUUGUUUCCUCUGACCACAGGAAAGGGAUAUUUUACAUGCAGAGAAAUUUUAUACAUAAAUAUAUUUUGUUUGUAAUGAGCCACUCAAUGAACACCACUGAUCUCUAUUAAAAACAAAAAACCCGAUCAACU